AUUCGCCAACAGCAGGCGGGGAAGGUGCUACAAGAACGGCAACACGUCAAACUUCGUUCUUUUCACCGUUCGUUUCACUGUUUGUCUUUUCAACUUGGCCCUCAAACAGGAUAUCAAGAUCUCCACGCAUAUCAAGUCAGGACAGCUCAGUCAGCGAGUACACGGAACCUUUAACCACCCAGGAGCUCACAAAACAACGACUCAUCCAAAAUGCCGUCAGAACUAGCCCCCCGAUUCCAACUGGUCGCCACCCUCCGCAGCAUCCUCGUCUUCUUUGGCAUCUUCGCCCUCCUCAACGGUCACACCUACAUCGGCACCAUGUUCAACUUCUGGCAAGUCCGCGCCGCCUUCAUCGUGUCGUGGGUCGCCGUCGUUUGGAACAUCAUCUGCGUCGCUGUCGUCACGCUGCAUCCACACAUGCAGCGUCUCGCUGGUCAGCUGCCCUUCCCCGUUAGCGUCAAUGUGCGCGGGCGCAAGAUCUUGUCGUAUGGCGACGCGGAUAGUAACGAUGAUGAUGGGGUGUGGGCGCCUCUGACAGGGAGCGUGGUUGGCGCCGUGCUGGAUGUCGUGCUGGCCACGCUGGUUUUAGUGUUUAUGAUUUUGGCGAGGGAUAAGACCGUGGAGUGUCGGAGUUGUUUGGAGGGGUACUAUCAUGUGGAGAGGUGGAUGUUGAAUAUUUGGUGGAUGGUGGUGAUUGCUGAGUAUGGGCUGGCACUGAUUCAGAUAUUUGUGGCUUUGGGUCUCUGGUAUAAGCACCGCUCUUUGAAUAAGAGGGGCCAGAUCAGCUUGGCUUGAUCCUGGAUAGAUGAAGGUACAGAUGAAUCGCUCGGCUAAAGACAGAUGGAAACCUUUGGUCAGUACUCAAGGGCGCUUGGAUUUUUCCCUCAUUGUGAGAGAAGAAAGGAGAGGCCCCUUUAAAUCAUAGAUACGCAACUCAGAGGCGAGAUAGUUUGGGUGGCUUGGUACGAAUUCACAAAGCGACUCGAACUCUUUACGACAGCACUCAUUAAGACACGAUGUGCAAUUUCGUACCAAACAUGACGACCUAAGAGAUAGGCCAUGGCGUUAGGAGCAGGGUCUGUAAUACCCAUGUCCCUUAAGCUUGGCCGUAUCUACAACGUUUGCGACCGUACACUAAAGAAUCGAUUCGA